GUUUUUGCUCCGCCAUGGUGCAGGGGUUCAUGAGCGCGCCGUGAUGUCAGUCGUGGCGUCGUGCAAGCCACGCGGGCGCGCCGACCAACACACCACUCGCAGCUUUCCUCAGCGCGCUGCGAGGCGCAGUCGGCCAGUCACCUGCCUUGCGCAAGACUCGUAUGGUUUAAUAUCAAGUACGGCUCGCACCUGAACUUGAUGUUACAGUCCGGGAUCCCUAUAUCAGUCCUCCGCCAGUGAUUUCAACGCGCGGAAUCCACCUCCGAGCUUCACCGCAUUCUCACCGCAACACCCCGUUUUCGAACGCAUGCCCUCCCACGGGCUCCCUAUGUUAUCCGCAAUAGACCGAUAUGGCUACGGAAGCACCCGACACCAAAACACACGAUGCAGCACACGAUGCAGCAAACGCAGAAGCAACGCGGCGAGAGGCUGAGCAGUACUGGGGGUACCUGAUCAAGGAGGACAAGUGCGGCACUGACUUGUUCGAUCGGUUGCUCAAGGGAAUCGCUGAGGUCAUUAGCAAGACGUUCGAGCCCAGCGACUCGCCCGAUCUUACCCCGUCGCAGAUUGCGGCAUUCUACCGCGCUGUGGGCGGAAACUACGAUGUCCUCUUCAUCGAAACGCCGCCGUCCUCCAUCUCCUUCAUAUACCGCUCUCUCGGCGCGUUCCACAGCUUACAACCCGCUCCCGACGACGACGGCUACUCGACUCCGACGAUACCCGCGCUGAAGAGGAGGGGUUUCGUGACGUGGCAAACUAUACAGCUGCUUCUCGGACCAGAAGAGCAUGUCCCGUUCCUGCAGAAUGCCGUUGCACAUUUUGACGUGGUGGACCCGGAGACGGGGACCACGUUCCCCAAAGUGCUACCCAAGGAGUGUCUUCCGGAGAGGCCGGACGAUGCAAUGGAAGCAUGGUAUGAGGGCGUCGCUGCUCGGUUAAAGAGAGAGGCCGAAGAGGAUGCAGCGGCCAGAGAGAAAGGUCCCCGAGUACGCAUAGAGGUUGACGAGCCGGACCCGCGCGCUUCCACUGAGAUGUCAGAAGGGGAGGUAGACGAAAAGCACGGAGCCGCGAAGUACUUUGCAGAUCCUCUAUAUCGCAAAGCCAGACAUCGGCCGCCUUUCGUACGGCAUGUCUCAAAGCCACCACGAUACGAGGAGCAAGAUCGCGGCAGACUCUUGUCGAGCGUUAGACACAUGCUGAAUCCUUUCAAUAGGAGAAAAAGCUUACCCGGACGCUACGAAGACGACGACUAUUUAGACGCAGACAGGACGCCUAUUGCUACGGCGCCUCCGCCAGCUCCUCGAUACCCGUCCCACAAACGCCCGCAUCCACCGCGCAGAGAGAGCUCCCUUUCCACGACCGACUCGGACUCUGACUCCGACCGGCCACCCUCUCGCCGAAGAACUCCAGUGCUUCGCCAUAGACGCUCUCAUGAGCCGCCGACGUCUCCGCGGGAAUACUUCCCAGCGUACUAUGAUGAGAGGCGGUACUCGCAUGAUCCUGUCCCUCCCAACAGGAAAGAGGACGGCCCACCCCCGCUCUACGGGCCUACCAAAUCGCCCCUUUUUGCAACUCAGGUGGCACAGCUUCAAGCAAACAGUUACUACGACAGAAGACCAUCCAUGCCCUCUAGGACAAGCUAUCGACCGCGCGAUGUACGAUAUACGGCGCCUCCACCAGAGAUCGAUCCGCCAUACGUACGCGAGCGGGGAAGGGAAGUAUACGAUCCAAACAGCAGCCGACACCGACGCAGAUCAGAGGAGCAUCCGCGAGACAGGGAGCGCAGCGAAAGCGCCCGCACAAGAAGCCACAGCGGUCACGAUCGCGUGAAAGACGACGAAUGGGACGGGAGAGGCAGCUCGCGCGACAGGGAUAGAGACUGGGACAGAGAGAGGGAUCGGGACAGGAGGACGCAUAGGUACGUGGCGGGGGUGCAGGAUGGGGUGGGAGGGCGGAGAUAUCCCGUUGAGCAGGCGUGGCGGUGAGCUCACGGGGACUCUAGGUCCGCAUUCCGAUCGCUCUGCAGGGCGAUGUGGGAUCUGGGGUCGGAUCUUUAGUGUUUCAGCCCUAUGAGAGCCGACAGGAGUCUGGACGAAGGGUGGCUGCGGGGUGAUGUGGCUCGGUUGGGUUCCUCAGCUGGACAUGGGUGCCUUUUUCUACAUACGGCUCCUCUUUUUCUACAUACGGCUCCUCUUUUUGUUUUUCCCGCUUGACCUGGGGUGUUCUGGCGUACAAUGGUGAGUCGCCGCGAGCGUUCGAGCGCUGCAUGGGGUAUACGAGGUAUGAUUAAUGAAUGAUUUCAUAGAUAGAGGGUAGUUCUCAGCUCAGUCAAUCCCAAGAGGGGUGUACAUAGAGUAAAUGGAAACUGGCUGCCUCGCGGCUGGGUAACGUAAUGAAGCU